GGAUAUAGUUAUACAUUUAUACACAACACAGCCUAGGACCCUUUAAAUUCAUUCAGCUUUUACGCCCGUUCUACGGGUACAACCGUAACCGUGCCUUGUGUAACUUGAAAAAGGCGAAAAGCAAUGAUACAAUGAUAUAAUGUCAGUUACUUGUUUAAGUCUUGUUAUACAUAUUAUUAUAACUACAUAUACAUCUACAAAAUUAGUGUUUGCCCCUGGAUUCUGCACGAUGAAAGCUUGAGCCAAAACCUCGUCUCAUCUAGGUUGGCCAGUUACAAGAUGUCUCAAUCACAACCUGCCCAUGACCUUGGCCUUGGCCAUGGCCAUCCUCUUGGUAUAGCAUCCACGUACCGACAGAUUUACCUCGCAAAGUUCGAGGAGGAUGUCUUAGCGGGUACCAAGAGACCUUUUAUACUUCCACUGCACAUGCUGGGUAUAUGGAUCAUACCGACUCUUUAUUUAGCUAUACCGCAUAAGAAUCGGCCGUGGCUUUAUAGAGCUAGGUGGCUUGUCCUUGCCAUCUUGGUCGCCUUCAACUUGGACAUCAUACUCAAUGUCUCUAGCCACAACUUCGGCUCUGCGUACGCCGCUGGCUUGGUGGGAUCUUGGAGUAUCGUAUGGAGUUUUGCCUUGCUGGUGUGGACAAGACCGCAGUGGGAAGCUAAGAGGGUCAAUAUAAGAAGGAAACUCCAUGUUAAAGAUCAAACCGAACAAGGAAAACUGGGGAAUUCCUUGCUGUCUACGACAUCAGGAAACGGUCAUGCUGCUGCUAAGCCCAUUAAUGGAAACCAGCAACCAUGUCUAAAUGGUGCUUCUCAUCAAACCCAAAGCUCGUGUCAAAAUGGUAUGCAAAAGGAGUCGGAGGUUGCUAAAGCAUCUGGGCUCGAGUCAAAUGGGCAUAAAAGUAAUGGCAAUGCGCUGUCCCGAAAUCCUCAACAAAGGAAGGCGAAUAUCAGCACGGACUCACCGCUCUCUGGACAACUAGAGAUAUCAGAGGAAUCAAGAAAGCUAUUGUUAGAAGCAAUACCACCUUUACGACGAGCACCAGAAAUAAAUCUUGAUAAAUUAGCUUCGGAGCAGGAAUUUGAAUACUAUUGGCAAGAAUACCCAGAAGAUGGCUCUUUUUGGGCCCGGCUUGACUGGGCAUUCGACAUCGCCAGCACAUUUCGGAUGACAGGCUGGAACUGGGCCAUCUCCUGCCUACCGCCAUAUGAACCACCCCGUACCAUCGGCCCCUUCCAGCUACCCCUGAGCAGCGUCGGUCCGAACCGUAGCAAACAGGGGUUUACGCGGUCCUGCUCGUAUGCAAAACUCUUCUUCUCGAGGAUACUAUUCGUCGAAAUCCCCAACUACCUGCUCGUAGACUUCUGCGCCGUCCACAUGACCGCCGACCCGUACUUCAUCCUCGGGCCCGAGCACGGCCAGCCCUUGCCUCCGCACCUCGCCUCUCUAUCCCCUCACUUACUCUCCUCGCAACGCACCACCCUCUCCUUCCUCGGCACCUUGUCCGCCCUACACCUCCUAUUCAACGCCGGCGCUCUCGCCCUCGCCCUUCUCCCACUCCUCGCCGUAACCCUCAGACUCCCGUGCGCCCAGAUCCUCCUUUUCCGCGCGCACCCCUGGCACCUCCCCAGCAUCUCCGGCUCCUUCACGCAGGUCCUCGAUCGCGGCCUCACCGGCUUCUGGGGCGCCUGGUGGCACCAGACCUUCCGCUUCGGCUUCGCAGCCCCGACCCAGUACCUGUUACGCCACGGGCACCUCACCCCCGGGACGCCCAUGGCAAAACUCGUCUCCGCCUUCUUCGCCUUCGCCACCUCCGGCUUCCUGCACGCCUCCGCCAGCUACAGCACCGUCCCUGCGCACACACAAUCCCAUCUUCCCCCGCUCUUCUUCCUCCUCGCCGGCCUCGGCACCAUCCUCCAGUCCUCGCUCUCUCACCACCCUUUCCUCCGUCCCCGCAUACAAUGCUUACCCAGACUAGUCCGCCGCGCGGGAAACCUCGCGUUCGUGCUGGCCUGGAUGUGGCUCACGAGCUGGGCGCUCGUCGACGAUUUCAGCCGCAGCGGGCUGUGGCUGUUCGAGCCGGUGCCGGUCUCGGUGCUCAGGGCGUGCGGGUACUAUGGGCCGGCGAGCGAUCGGCGCGUGUGGAGGGUCGAGGGGGCGGUGGCGCCGAGGUGGUACUGGGGGGACAGGUGGUGGGAGUGGGGGGUUGGGAUUUAACCUAGUUAACUCUAACUUCUCCUCCCUAUCUAUCCCCUUUUUAUCACAGUUGAACCACUUUAGCACCCGAGAUAUAUCUUAGUUUUCUGACUAUUUCUUGAUAUAUAUAUAUAUUCUUUAGAAUAGAAUGGGAAUGUCAUGGCAUGGUAUAGCGUAGCAUAGAUAGUGCGUAUACAAAAAAAACCGAAACGAGUAAUCGUGGAUUAAUGUAAUGUGAUUAGCAAAGAUAACCGCUUAAUAAUAAAGGGGGGAGGUGUCUUUAAUACACUUUGACUUCGUGCCUAUCAACAUAACUACAUGUAUGUACCCCAAGAUAUACAUCGAUACAAUACAAUACAAUACAGCCAGCCUACAAACCAGCCGCCGAAUCAAAGCUACCUACCUA